AUGACCGUUAAGUUCUUUGAUGUCAACCUACACUCCUCGACAUUCCUCGAUGUCUACCUACACUGUACAUUCUCAGAUGCGGCGAAGCAGGCUAUCGGAAAACAGUACCAGGUGCUCAUGACAGGUUACCAGAAAGCGGACUGGAAUGUUGCAGCCCAGGUUUACGGUCCGAACUGCACGAUCAUCAACCCGCAGCACCAUUCAGCGAAAGGCAAAGAAGGCGCCGUCAACUAUUGGAAGCAACUGAAGGAAGAAACGGGCGUCAAAAAAAUCGAAAUCAAAUGUGAAGAGAUCAACGGUGGAGGAGACUGGUACUUCGAAAGAGGCAUCUCGAAGCUCUGUCGCGACACGCCGUUCGAGGAGAGAAGAUACCUGAAUAUAUGGAGAAAAUACGAUGGCAAGAUGGUCAUACAUUCGUGUCUGUUCAUUACUAUGCCGAAAGUAGAAGAGGCAAAAGCGUAG